AUGUCGUCUGUAGAUCUGCCGUCCAUCCAAACCAACCUUGCUCCCUAUUCUACUUCCUGUACUUCGCCAUCCCUCGCACCCGCACACCCCUAUCACUCAGUCUCACCUGGCUCUGCUUUCCCAUCCAUGUCCUUCCAAAGCCGGUCCUACUCAAUCUCGUCUUCGUCGUCGUUCCUCUCGGCCUGCAGCUCUGCCUCGGAUCGCUCGCUGUCUGCUUCGCCUGGUCCUGCUACACCCUGUGACAUGAUGGGUCGCUCCCCCUCGUUCUCGCACGACUCGAUAUACAGCAAGCCCAUCCUACCCAGUCUUCAGCAUAAACAUCACCAUCUAUCCUCCUGUCCUUCUCCUUCUUUCUCCGCAUCUCAGCGAUACAACUCUUCUUCACUCAUUUCUUCCUCCUCAUCCCGUCACCAUCCUUAUCAACUACUGUGCCCCCAGCAACCAAAGCAAGACUAUCCGCACGGCUACCAAGAGAGACCCCGCUCUCCACAGUAUCACUCAUCCAUCCAUUCGCCCCUCAGACCACUCUCCAGUCCUUCUUCACCCAGCGACAUGCUCCCCAUUCAUUCCCCUCGAAGCCAUGGUGAUUAUCACUCGUCCUACUAUCACCAGCAGCCUCAUCAUCGCCAAUCAUUCUACAGGAGCAGCAAUACCCACCAGGUCGACUACUUCCAACCACGAUUGGCAACAAACACGACUCUCAACCCUUCUUUUGGGUACCACACUGGCAUCCCAAUGAUGACGCCCAAGGAAGAAGAAUGUGAGCCGUCGCGAUCUGCCUUUGACCAUCGAGCCAUGUCGCCAGCCGAGGAUGACCGCAGUGAUUUUGCACUCUCCAUGUCGGGCUCUCCUCCAAUGUCCCAGGCGGGAUCUUCAUUCUCGCGAGAGUCGUCACCUUCCGUGGACUCUGACCGCUUCGGCUCUAUGUCCGAAGCUUCAGCCUCGAUGACCUCCUUGGUGUCUUCCUCCUCGUCGUCGUCCUUGUCAACGACACCUGCGCCGACGACUACGCAGCUGUUGUUGUGCCCAGUCUGCAGCCGGGCCUUCAAACCGAGCAAGAACCAGAACUGUAACCUCAGGCGGCACCUCAAGAACGUGCACAACAUGUCGCCGGCGAUUCAUCCUCGCAAGUGCAAGUGGGACUCACUUCCGGAUGGUCGUGUUAAGGACGACAAGGAUCGUAAGGACCGCACACGUAAGAGCAAACGGCUUUGGGCCCGCAAGUUCCGUCUGCGACGCAAGGUUGAGGAGGCGGCGGUGGUCCUGAGCAUGCUGAGCCAGGCUGUCUAG